AUGAACUCCAUCUCCGUGAGAAGCAAUACAUUCAACAUAUUAGGACUAGUUCCUAUUCAUUCGACAAAUACUACAAAAGAAACUACGGAAUUACGUUCGGCAACAAAUAACUUAAAACUACAAUAUCUUGUAACAAAUGCUUCAGUUGAUUUAAAAGUAUACAACAAUUGCAAUCAAGAGGAGGUAGUAAUGGAGAUAAUGUUGGAAACAUUUUCCCAGCAAAAUAACUUAACAGCAAUUAUAGGUCCUAGUAAGAAAAAUGUCAUCCAUAAAGUGACCCAGUUCUUGGACACAAUUCCUGCAAGGGUCCUACAUAUUGUAUAUAAUCCAGUGAUUGUCUCCAAGGAAUACCUUCAUAAUAUUGCUCCUUCUGUGUCACUAGUUGCAGAUCUUCUUGUCAAUUUGAUGUUGAAGAUGAAAUGGAAUUAUAUUGCCAAGAUAGAGAACAAACAAGUUCUGGUGGGAAGCUAUGGAAAUGAACUGAACUUAAACUCCAAAAUCAAAACACAAAAUUCAUUUUGCGUAAAGAAAUGUAAAAAACAGAGAAUUUUUGAUGAUGAUGGAAACAGUCGGAUUCAAAAUUACAGUUUGUUGAGGAUUGAAAAUAUAGAUCCCCCUAAAUUUGAAAAGCUUGCAACUUUUGAUAGUACCACGUGGGAAAUUAAAAAGUGGAAUGAACUUGCAUCUUUAACAUCAACAUGUGAUACUGAGGAUUCUUGUACAGUAUGUUAUGUGAAAACUGAUAAUGUGUACACUGUGUUUGUUAUUUUGUGUAUUGUCACAACUUUCAGCAUACUUGUAGUUUCUGGAAUCUUUGUUUGGAAAAAGAAAGAAAACUUACCAUGUAGAAGAAAAAGCUGA